AUGACCUUUAAAUGUCUAGCGUGCUCUACCUGGCAUCUACUGCUGAUCCGAGUGAUGCUGGAACAGAUGCAGGGUCUGAUGCAUCUGGAGUUGGCCGGUUGUAAUGACUUCACGGAGGCCGGUCUGUGGUCCAGCCUGAACGCACGGCUCACCUCGCUCAGCGUCAGCGACUGUAUCAACGUAGCAGACGACGCCAUUGCUGCCAUCUCACAGCUACUGCCCAACCUGUCAGAGCUCAGCCUGCAGGCCUACCACGUAACCGACACAGCCAUGGCUUACUUCACAGCCAAACAGCCUGCAGGCCUACCACGUAACCGACACAGCCAUGGCUUACUUCACAGCCAAACAGGUAGGUUACAAUCCUACACUGUUAUAGAGAGCACACAGCUACUGCCCAACCUGUCAGAGCUCAGCCUGCAGGCCUACCACGUAACCGACACAGCCAUGGCUUACUUCACAGCCAAACAGGGCUACACCACUCACACACUGCGUCUCCACUCGUGUUGGGAGAUCACCAACCAUGGUGUGGUUAACAUGGUCCACAGCCUGCCCAACCUCACGGCUCUGAGCCUGUCAGGCUGCUCUAAAAUCACUGAUGACGGGGUGGAGCUGGUAGCAGAGAACCUGAGGAAGCUGCGGAGCCUGGACCUCUCCUGGUGCCCACGCAUCACUGACAUGGCCCUGGAGUACAUCGCCUGUGAUCUCCACAAACUAGAGGAGCUGGUACUGGACAGAUGUGUGAGGAUUACAGAUACAGGUCUAGGUUACCUGUCCACCAUGUCUUCUUUGAGGAGUCUCUACCUGCGCUGGUGCUGUCAGGUACAGUACACACUAGACCCUUACACCAGGGAUCAUCAACUAGAUUCAGACAGGAACAUAAUUACAAAUCAUUUGUAG